UUGGGUAGACGCGAAUGUGAUGAAUCUGUACCUGUAAAUGGAUCUGAAAAAUCGUUGCGAUACUGAAUCAAGUGGAGCUUUUGUCCAUUUGUUUCUGUAUUUGUUUUCGAUUUUUCGGGUCUCGACCAGUUACGUCAUAAUCGCCAGUGUCGUCGGCUCGGCCGAUAAGUAGACUCUCGACGAACGUAACAGCCAUUUUUAGUCGAAUUGGAUAGAAUCGUAAUUGUACCCCUGUUGUUCUUUUAUGUUUCAAUUUCUCAUCAAAUUUGAUUCGUGACUUGCUAGCAACGUACGUUGAAAUUUGGAAACACCAAUGGAAAGGAAAUAGCCCACGACGCCGGUAACUUAAAGCUUGGUUGCCGUUUUAACUAGAAGCUACGGCCAAACAAUGGGCAAUGCUGGGAGUAAUCAACCGAUCGGUCACCAUCACGGUGGGACCAGCAGCAGAGACCAUCGUCAUAACAAAGACCAUCCUCCUCCGUCGCCAGGAAAAGAAGGCCAAGCUUUUGUUUUCGAUAAAAAGCCCAGCCAAAAAUUAGUCUUUCAAUCAUCCAAUGAGGAGGAAGAACCUUACUUUGCUAAGGGAACUGGUCACCACGACAGAGAUGACUUUGGUGCUCAACGUCCACGCUCCAAUACUGUAUCCGAAGGAACAAAAGUCACGGAUAGCAAAGUGCUGCCAACAGUCUUCAAGUGGGAAGGAGGUGGUAAACAGGUUUACAUUAGUGGAACUUUUACUGGUUGGAAGACUUUACCCAUGGUUAAAAGUCACGGUGAUUUUGUAACAAUUAUUGAUUUACCUGAGGGAGAACAUCAAUACAAGUUCUUUGUUGACGGCGAAUGGAGACAUGACCCAGACAUAAAAAUUGUUGAUAACGGUAUGGGUUCCAAGAACAAUUUAGUGUCCGUGAGGAAGUCUGAUUUCGAAGUUUUCCAAGCGCUCGCGAAAGACAGCGAGGGUGUCAUUAGUAGCGCUCAAACAGAGUAUGGUCAAGAAAUUCCUCCUCACAAACCCUGGGAGAAAGUAGCUGGACCGCCGAUAUUGCCGCCGCAUCUGCUGCAAGUUAUUCUGAAUAAAGACACACCCUUGUCUUGCGAACCGACGCUUCUACCGGAACCAAACCACGUUAUGUUGAAUCAUCUCUACGCUUUAAGUAUCAAAGAUAGCGUGAUGGUUUUGUCGGCAACACAUCGUUAUCGUAAGAAAUACGUUACAACUUUACUAUACAAACCGAUUUAAACUUUUGAAUCAUUCCUAAUGUUAUCGGCGAUCACUAGUUACAUCGAACCAAUACAUGUUUUGUAGGUAAGGUAAGAAUAUAAAUUUUUAAAGGAGAAAACUAUUUGAAAAACUGGCAGUAUAUGAACAAUUUGUUGUGUCUGAAAUGUAACAUACUGUAAUUAUUAUUUAUUAAAGUAAACUAUUUUACAUUA